CGCACCAACACGCUGCGCUCUCUUUUCAUCCCUUCCUUCCUUGCCAUCCGACCCGAUCCCUCCUCGCCGCCGAAGAUGAGAGGAGGCGGCCUCUGGCAGCUCAGCCAAUGCCUCGCCCGCCGCCUCGCCCGAUCCAAGCCCGGCGCCAUGCCCCGCGCCUUCGCCACCGCCCCCGCCGCGGAGACGGUGGAGCUCAAGAAGACGGCGCUCCACGACUUCCACGUCGAGCACGGCGGCAAAAUGGUGCCUUUCGCCGGGUGGAGCAUGCCGCUGCAGUACAAGGACUCGAUCAUGGACUCCACCCUCCACUGCCGCGCCGCCGCCGGCCUCUUCGAUGUCUCCCACAUGUGCGGCCUCAGCCUCCGCGGUCACGAUUGCGCCCCAUUCCUCGAGACCCUCGUCAUCGCUGACGUCGCCGGCCUCCGCCCUGGCACCGGGACCCUCACCGUCUUCACCAACGAGCGCGGCGGCGCCAUCGACGAUUCCGUGGUGACCAAGGUGGGAGACGACCACAUCUACCUGGUGGUAAACGCCGGGUGCAGGGACAAGGACCUGGCGCACAUCGGCGCGCACUUGGAGGCCUUCAAGGCCAAAGGAGGAGAUGUGGAGUGGCACAUUCAUGAUGAAAGGUCUCUGCUUGCGCUCCAGGGUCCUAUGGCUGCACCAGUUCUCCAGUUAUUAAUGAAAGACGAUCUAAGCAAAAUCUAUUUUGGUGAAUUUCGCACAUUGGACAUCAACGGAGCCCAUUGUUUCCUCACAAGAACUGGCUACACAGGUGAAGAUGGAUUUGAAAUCUCGGUUCCAUCCGAGCAUGCCGUAGAUCUUACAAAGGCAAUUCUGGAGAAAUCUGAAGGGAAGGUGAGGUUGACAGGUUUAGGUGCUCGUGACAGUCUCCGUCUCGAAGCUGGCCUAUGUCUCUAUGGCAAUGACAUGGAGCAGCAUACCACACCUGUUGAAGCUGGCCUUUCCUGGGCAAUUGGCAAGAGAAGAAGAGCAGAAGGUGGCUUCUUGGGAGCAGAAGUGAUCUUAAAGCAGCUACAGGAAGGGCCACCAUUAAGGCGUGUCGGUUUCUUCUCAAACGGCCCACCCCCACGAAGCCACAGCGAGAUCUUGAGCAGCAGCAGCGGAGAAAAGAUCGGCGAGGUGACCAGCGGUGGAUUCAGCCCCUGCUUGAAGAAGAACAUAGCAAUGGGGUACGUGGAGUCGGGUUUCCACAAGCCUGGAACUGAAGUCAAGAUCGUCAUUCGUGGGAAGGCCAACGAUGGCAUCGUCACCAAGAUGCCCUUCGUUCCAACCAAGUAUUAUAAGCCAUCUUAGAUCGUGAGAUGCUUUUUGCUCGAGUUGAUCAUCCUCCACCUCUUUUCUUCUUUUCUCUGAGCUGAUAUCUGUAACUGAACAUUCCUUCUGCUGGAAGUCCAAGAUGAUGAUGAACUCUUUUGCUUCUUUUUGUUUGAAAUAAAUCAAAUGCUCUGGUUUCAUGGUUUUGUUA